AUGGCCGAAUUCAAGAUUCACAAAUUGAUAAUCAGCUUUCUAAUUGCCUCCAUGCUCAUCUACGGUAACGUAAUGGGCGAUGACAUCGCCGAAGAUGGUUCUGAAGACGCCUUCGGUUCGACUAGCGCUGACCUGAAGAGGCGGUAUCCAAAUGAUGAGGUUGAUAGGCUGGUUGAUCCUAGCGACGUUGUAGACUGGUUUACCAGGAAAAUGUUCAGAAAAGAUGCCCACAAAUAUUUGAUCGACCAUGACAUGUUGGACAGAAGAAGGGACGAGAUUAGACAAGCUAUGGAAAAUUUCCAGGGCAAACUUGAUCUAUUACCAGUGGAGGUGGCUAGAGAAGUCGUUAAAUACAAACACUAUGCUGAUAUAACGUCGGAAAUCAAGAAACAGGUUGAGUAUUAUGUCGAACAGUCACACUUUGACGAAUUCGUUAGCACUCUUCCACCAGCUGUUGCUGCGGAAUUUAAAAAAUACUCAACAUUUUCCAAGAUACCUAAAGACAUUGGAGAUCGCAUGUACGCCUAUUAUGAACACCAACUCGUCAAGGAUCUCAUCACUCGCGUUGAAGAGCUAUCUAGGGAAGUAGAAAAAAUCCGCACCCACGAGAAAAUGCUAAAAGACAUCAAAAAAAGCUUGCAACCACUUGUAAAAAGGACGUAUCCAAAGCAUGAUUCGAAUAUUAUUCCGGGUUUUUAA